GAAAGUGCCAGACGGAAGGCUGCUUCAACCAGCAAUUCCUACCAAUUGUGCUAGACAGCUGUUGCCUGGAUUAUCAAUUAGAAUCACAAGGUAAACACAACGCAUGCAAUAAGAGAAGGGCAAAGUGGGGAAAAUAGAAAAUUAAAGAAAGUAAAAGAAAAAAGGAUCUUCGGAGUGGGGCUUCGAUUACCAACAAAGGGAGGAGUCUUCUUCAUGGAGAAAGACACCAACGGUGCAGUUCUCUCCUGAUCGACCCAAGGGAGUCGGCGAAGGCUGCGCUGCAACAAAGGAGAAUCAACAAGAGGAAGGGGGAAUUCCAGGGACUGGCGGCGGUGAUUUGAACCAGCGGUGGGAGUCGGCUUCGACCAAGGGAGGGUGGCUCGUUAUGGGACUUCGACGCAAGGGAUCUUCAUGAAGGAUGAAGACGAGUAUGCCCUGGCCUUCCAAGCAUCUGUUGGCCAGUUACUUUAGAGGAAGUCUUGUUGGGUAGUAAUAUGUUGUAUUGGAGAAUAUGGUGACCUGUUGAUGAAAGAAUGUUCCAAGUUGUAUUGAGGAACCACUUGCUGUGGGCUUUUAUGGCCUUGAGUUGAUGCUAUCUUGGGCCUUAAUAGUUCAUUCUUAAUUUGGAGUCUUCUUUGAUCAUCUUUAUUUGGUAACUUGAGGUGAAGUUCAUGUGCUUCAUGUGGGCUUUUUCAUUUUCAGCUACCCAUAGUUUUUUUGUUGAUCCGAGAUUGUUUUUGGGAAGAAAUAAAAAAUUUCAGUUCCUUGCAUUGAGGAGUUUGAUGUCAACAUAUUUAUCAUUCUUGGAGAAGGAAGUUGCUAAUUUUGAAAAUUUUAUUUCCUUUGAUGAGAAUUCCCUACAGAAUCUUGAAUGCAUUUCAGUUGAAUCUUCAGAUCAAAGCAGAUUUUAUCUUAGUGGGAAGGGAAUGAGAGAAUCUGUCAAACGGUAUUUGUCAGGUUUGGAGAUUUGGGGAAUGGAGGGUGAAAUGAAGAAAGUGAAAUCGGUUCUCUCAAAACGAGGGUGGUAUUUCGGUUCUGGAAUUGGGAACAAUAUUGAUCUUGAUGAAUUGAAUGUUACUCGGAUUUUGAAUGAUUUGUUUGAGGAGACUUCUGAUGCUGCACUAGCUUUCUACUUCUACACAUGGUGCGAGGACUGCACUAAAACAAAGCAUGCAAUUCGAUCAGUUUGUGCUAUGGUAAAUAUUCUGGUUUUGGGGAACAUGAAUCAUAGAGCCAUGGAUCUUCUUCUAUAUCAUGUUAGGAAUGAUGAUGGGAGAGAAGCAUGGCAUAACUUACUGUUGGAUGUCCUCAAAGAAACCUCAAAAAAUAGAAGGGUGUUGGAAAUUGUUUAUGGUAUGCUUGUUGGGUGUUAUGUUAAGGAAGAUAUGGUAAACCUGGCUAUUGAAGUAGUCAAAAAAAUGAAAAACCUCGGAAUCUUUCCUCCUCCUGGAGUCUGUAAUUCUCUUCUAAAGGCAUUGUUAAAGUCAAGUAAGAUAGAUUUGGUUUGGGAAAUAUUUGGUGAAAUGCAGAAUCGAGGUAUGGAUUUCAAUGCCUCUUUUAUUAGUUUAUUCAUCCAUAAAUAUUGUGCACUAGGCAUGAUUGAACAUGCUUGUAAGUUGCUUGUGGAUAUGAGAGAUUAUGGGUUGCAACCUGAUGUUGUUGCAUUUACAAUUGUGAUUGAUGCCUUCUGCAAAAUGGGUUACCUAAAGGAGGCCACUUCUAUGUUGUUCAAAAUGAUUGAAAUGAAUAUAUUUCCAGAUUCAGUUUUGGUUUCUUCAGUUAUUGAUGGCUACUGUAAAGCAGGUAGGUUGGAGGAAGCAAUGCUUGUUUUGAAGGUCUUUGGUUUCACUCCCAACCUUUUCAUUUACAAUAGCUUUAUCACAAUAUUAUGCAGAGAAGGGAGAUUGAUUGAAGCUGAUGCAGUUUUCUCUGAGAUGCUUGCAUUGGGAAUGUUUCCUGAUUGUUAUAGUUACACUACCAUUAUUGGAGGCUACUGUAGGGUUAGUGACAUAAGAACAGCUCUCAAUUAUUUUGGAAAAAUGUUGAAGACGGGAACUGAACCGUCUAUCGUGACAUACACAAUUUUAGUUGAGGUCAAUUGCAAAAGUGGGGAUUUGAAGACUGCAGAAUAUUUGCUCCAGGUGAUGGAAAGGAAGGGUCUAAAACCUGAUAUUUUUGCGUACAACACAUUAAUGGAUGGGUAUGGGAAAGUGGGGCUCCUGCACAAGGCCUAUGGGUUGUUGGGUCGUAUGAGAUCAGCUGGUGUUUCACCUGACAUCACAAGUUAUAACACUAUUAUUCAUGGUCUUGUCAGAAGAGGCUAUGUUGAAGGGUCGAGAUUUAUCUUUGAUGAGCUUAUUAGAAGGGGGUUGUCUCCCAAUGCUUUAACAUUCACUGAUUUCAUAAGUGGGUUUUCUAAGGAGGGAAGCUUUGAGGAAGCAUUUCUUGUUUGGUCCUACAUGAGUGAACAUGGAAUGAGACUUGAUGUUGUAACAUGUAGUGCUCUUCUUAAUGGCUAUUGCAAAGCCCACCGCAUGGAUGAGGCUAAUGCCUUAUUCCAGAAGAUGCUGGACGCUGGGUUGAUUCCGGACUUAAUAUUGUACAACACUCUUAUACAUGGAUUUUGCAGUCUGGGAAACAUAAACGAUGCUUUCCGCUUGCUGAGUAUGAUGGUAGAACGUGGUAUCAUUCCAAACCAUGUUACUUACCGUUUACUUGCGCAUGGUUUUGAGAAAAACUUGGUUGAUGAUCCUAUAAAAGCUACUGGAAUUAAGAUGCAGCAAAUACUGCUGAAGCAUGGUAUUGAUAUUGAUAUAUCUCAGUAUAUAGUUACAACAUACUAAUCCUAUCAGGUGCUACCUGCUUCUUAUUCUUCAGAGGCACCUGGGGUUGGAAAUGGCUUCCAUCCUUUUCCUUUCUUCUCAGAUUCUCUGCAAGCUGGUAAUUUUGGCAGUUUGCGCGAUCUUGGCAUUGCAAGGUUGCAAAUUUUUGAAGGAUGAGUUUUGCAUGUCCUUUCUGUUGUGAUAUCCAAUGCCUCUGCUCUCCAUAAAGACCCUUCACAUGGAGGACAUCCAAACAUAAAAUAAACAGGAAAUUUUUUUACUCAAUGCUUUGGGAAUCUUACACGAGUGGCAUUUUGGUGCAUUGAGUAAUAUGACAUGAAGAUAAGGGUGGCAAAGUGCACUGUGGCCUUCACGCCUAGCCCAAUGCAAGCACACCUGAAGAUUAUACAGAACUUUAUCGAUAUUGGGGUCAAGUGAACAGUUGCUACCAUCAGUGUUGCAGUGCCACCUCAUGAAGUCCAAGCAACCUUUCCCAGUCUAUAUCCUCAUUAGUGGGACUUCAACCUUUCCCAGUCUUGUCCAUUGAAGAUCUCAGAUCAAUACGUGUAGUCAUGUAGAUGCCUAUCCAACCCGAAAUCCAAGUCAACUGCUCAAGCCUGCCUUGUCUGAACUCAAUGGGGUUGGAUAUGAAUACUAUUACGGCAUUCAACCCUAUUUUGGCCAUGUUACAACCCAAGGCCAUUCGCUACUUUUCUUAUUUCUCCCUAUGUCAUUUUCAACCUACCCUUUUAUCUUUUAUCUCUUCUAAGCUGUACCAUAUCACUCCUUGUUGUACAUUUGAGGCCUUCAUUCUACAAGUGCAAACCGCUCGAACGACUCUCCCUCGACUUUUCACCUGUAAGAGUCGAUCCUAAAUUUCCACCAAUGCAACCCCAAAUUCAAAUGAAUCAAAAAUAUGUACUGGAUGGAAGUUAAUCUGUAUAUCAUGUAUAUUUAUCUUUUUAUUUUUUUUAUUUUUUAUGGAUGUAUAUUGUACUUAACUCUGUGUGUGGCAAUACUAUCUUAGAACUAGAUUUCAAAUUCAAUCUGAUUUUUAUUUUCAAAAUCCUGUUAAAAUAUGUUGACUUGUUGAUGU